AUGCUUCCCAAUGCUUCGAUCAGCAAACCUCCUGGUAGAUACGUGCUUGUUGAGGAUACAAAACAUCAUCUCGAGCUAAAUGAAUAUGACAAAAACACUUACGGACAGUGUUCAUAUGUUUCAAAUAGAUUAAUGAUACGCUGUCAGCAGGUUCGAUCUAAAGAAGAACUUGCUAAGAAUAACGGAAUUUGUGAAGAGCACAAAACCUUUGGGAAAAUGCUGAAAAGUCACCACCAAAAGGAGUUGUUACGAUUAAGAGCAGAGAGCGAGAAUCCUUUGAGUAAACGUCAAAAAUUUUCCUCAUUUAUUGCAGCAAAUGGUUAUGUGAGCGACGAGGAUGAUGUUCUCAACAAUAUGUACAAUAUGCCGCCAUCAUCAGCUGAUCAAAUUAAUAUAAAUUUCAUCGAAGAAGAUCCCCUUCGUCAUGCCGAAUAUUUCACUGAUAAAGAUGUGAUACGAAUUCGUCUAAGAGCCGUUGAAAAAAAUCGCGACGACAUUGUCGAAUUUCGGAAAACUACUACAGCCCAAGCCUCCAGAGUUAAACAAGCCAUCAACGAGAGAAAUCAUAAAAUUGCUGUCUUUGAUGUUCCACAAAUGCGAGUUUAUGAUGCACUAAUGCAAUAUCCACACAAAGAAAGUUUGCAUUUGUCAAGGCCGAAGACGAUUCCGGACUUGCCAGUUUGUCAAUAUUAUGAUGGAAUGAAUGAUGACGACAAUACAGCCGCAGAAAAAGUUGUGAAAUCAUUAUUAGAUAGACUUGAUGGAAUUUCUGUGAAUCCACCAGAAAAGUGUACGUCGACAGCGAUCCAAUUCACAGAUUUCUGCGAACAACAUAUAUUAUUUAGCAAAGAGAAGCAGUUUCUCUUUGAUAAGUGCACAAUUUGUGGAGAUAUUGCACUCGCAUCGGAUGAUCCGACAUGCGCAUAUCACAGAAAAGAUCUCGUUAAAGUUCGUGCUCUCAAUCCAUUGCAUAAUGUUCGACCUGGGGAAGAAGACGUUCAAACGUCGAAUCACUAUCCUCCAGGAACAGUACGCAACAAUAUCUCGCUUCAUACUAAGAAAGUUGAAAUUUUUGAUAGUGAUGAAGAAGAAGAGGAUAAACGACCAUUGCCGCCUUCAAUGUUGGCAAGGAACUAUGAAAAUAUGUGUUCUCCGUUUCCCCCACUUCCUUCUCCAUCAGUUCGACGACCUCCUUAUCAAGCAGCAGGAAAUAACUAUGGUCGCCGUCCGAGUGCGAAUCGAGAACCGCAUCAAACGGGCGGUGUUUUAGUUCAGAAUCGAAUGGCGAAUGACGCGAUUCGCCAACUUAAGGACGACCCGGCGACAAUGAGGUGCGCGCGUGAACGACCGUUCCAGAAGUCCAACUUUAAUCGACCGGAAAUUGAUAAAAAUCGCAGAAAGAAUGUUCCGACGCCGCAUUUGCUCUCCUCAUCGGGUUUCUCGCGAACGCAGUACCCUUCGCGAUUCCCGCAGCAGACUGCGCAGCAACAUCGCAUAAUCACAAACCAGGGGAGAGCAUUACCCGGAUCCAGAUAUUCGGAGCAUCCACAUCAACCACCGAAGAAUAUUCCGCUGGAACGCGUGGCGAGUCCGAAACCGAACGUUGUCGAUGACGAGGAUGACCUUGUUGAAGAUCGAGGACAAUCGCAACCACAAAAUGAAUACCAUUCGGUUCAUGGAGUACAGUAUCCGCGAUCAAUGAAUGAAGCACCGCGGGGUGUUCCUUACAUUAAAAAAGGGGGAUAUCAAAAGCAAGAAGGUGGGCCACAAGCGCAAUUCCCACAAAGAAGAGGAGUGCGUCAGAAUAUUGCUGUAUCUCGUCAACUGCCAAUGCCACCGCAUCGUGCGAUUGCAUUGGGUAUGAACCCUGCAGGCGCUUAUCCAACACCACCGGCCAACCAGCAAACUCGUCAAUCCAAUUUGGCGCAAUUGGCAUCGAUGCGUCGACCGCCUCCUGGACAACCAAAUAUUAUCGCGAAGAGCCCACAGGACUUCGGCGCAAAUCGACGCUUCGUGACGCCAAGCGGCCUACAAUUGGAUACAUCGAAAUUGGCCAACGAUCCGCGCUAUUCGAACAUGGACGUCAAGACAUUCUUGCAAUAUCAGUCGGGCGUUCUUACGGAUGAGCAGAUUGCCAACAAACGUGCUGGAAUUACUACAAUGCGUUCGCGAAAUGCCCCGAUGUCAAGGACUUAUAUGGGAAGGAAGAAGCAGGACCCCGGAAAUGUGCAAUACGUUCGAGGCAAUCCUGGAGCGCCUGGAGCACCUGGAACUUCCGGUUCUUCGGGACUGUUAGUUCGCUCGGUUUCCAAUAUGCUACCUCCGCCACCGCCCCCUCCGAAACCUGAAGACAUGUUAUUGGCACCACCACCGCCGCCGCCACCACCACCACCACCAACAUCAUCACAGCCGUCGGCUAUUGUUCAAUCUUCAGGACCAACCUCACAACAGCAGCAGCAGUUAGCUCCUACGACAGUCGCGCAACCGCCUGCAGCUGGUCUUCCAACGCCUUUAGAUUUUCCCGUAGCAAACAAUUUGGGAGCUAUCAAGUCUCCGGAUCCGAUUACAUCUACUGAAACUUCGAAAUCUGCUGACACUUUGAAAGAAACACAAUCAUCGCAAAUUCCGGAGGUUCCAAAACAAGUUGAGACAUCAAAAAUUGGAGAACAUCCAAAAUUUGCGGAAUCUACAAAUUCGUCGGAGCAACAAACUCAAGCGGAAGCGCCGUUGCCGUCGGAUCCUCCUAAAGCAUUGGAAACUCCCACAUUGCGAAAACGGAAACAAUCUAACCUGGAGAACCCAACUCCUGUGAAGAGAGCUGUUUUAGAGACGCCGAAGAAAGCAGGUUCCUCUCUGAAGAAGAUAACGCCAACUAUACGAACUCCGAGAGCUGCGGCUGUUGCCGCAAAUCAAGCAAUUUCAACUGCAAAACCAGCCGAAUCUUCUGCUCAGGCUGCGGCUCCGACAACUGGAACAGACGGUAUUGAAAUGCUUAAUCUUUUGGCUCAAGUUUGUGUUGACGAGAGCGGAAAAAGUGAGCCAAGUGGCACUCCAAAAGGAAGCCCGAAUAAAAAGACAGUGCCAGUCCAAAAACUAACGCCGCGUCGUUCGACUAGAGGAAAAGCAACUUCGCCAACUCAAGAGAGCGAUUCUCACGAGGAAGAACUGUAA